CCCAGAUUCCACGCUACCUAACCCUUAUUUGAAUCGGUUCUUCAUCGGUGGGCUUGAGAUUAUUCGGAAUAAAUAAUCCCCAGCCUCUCUCCUCACAUUCGCCUCGUUUUCCCCUCUCUCUCUUUAAUCGAUUUCACGCGUAGAGGAAGACAGUAAGAAUGGACGCCUCUGCCAUGGCUCUCCAGCAACCGAUUCGCUUUCCAAACACCGCCGCUGCUUCAUCGUCGACGAAAGAACUCGGGAAUUAUGCUGGUAAUCUCGUUCGAUUGCGGCGGGGGAGGACUAAAAACAGAGUAUUGUCAUCUGGAUUCGGUGAUCGGGGUCAUCUCCAAUACUAUAACUCUAGCUUCGAUUCCGAGGAGGGGGUUUCAGGGAGGAGGAUGAGUGUGAUGAAUGGGAAGGAAGUGAAGAGCGUUAAGGAGAAGUCGGUGAAGAAGAUGAAGAAGCAGUUGAAAUUGCUUAAGGGAUUGUCUCGGGAUUUGUCAACCUUUUCUCAGAUGGGAUUUGGAAUGGAUUCUGAUAGCUCGCUCGUUGAUCAGAUUAAAGGAAACAUGAUCACAGAAGCAACACAGCUUUUGCUGGAGCAGCUGCAGAAGGUGAAGGCAGAAGAGAAAGAAGCUAAAAAAAGAAUCAAAGAAGAGAAAGCAAGAAUGAAGGCUGCAGCUCGAGCACAAAUUGGGGCUAACUGCGAGAUGUCAUCAUCAUCAAGUUCUUCCUCCGAAUCAAGCGACAGUGAAUGCGGAGAAGUCUUCGACAUGAGUAGCCUCAAGUGCGCAACACCUACAAAAACCAUCUUACAAGAAGCCAAGGUUGUGGUGGAGGAGGAGACAGCUCCAUCAUAUCCAACUCCGAUCAUACCAUCCAUUCCACCCUCGUUCGAAGCUGAUGCUGCACCAGCCUCUCUUCUCCCCUCGCCCGAGGAGGAGCAGCCUAGCUCUUCAAGCAGUGUGCAGGAUAUAAGCUGCUCCGUUUCUCCAUCUUGCUCGAAGAAGAUUGAGGUGUGUAUGGGAGGCAAGUGCAAGAAAUCAGGCGCAGGUGCUCUGCUGGAAGAGUUCAGGAGAGCUGUGGGGAUUGAAGGUGCAGUCUCAGGGUGCAAAUGUAUGGGGAAAUGCAGGGAUGGCCCUAAUGUGAAGGUCGUGGGGCAGGAGUCGUCGAGCUCUUUGUGCAUCGGUGUAGGGUUGGAGGAUGUGAAUGUGAUCAUGGCAAAUUUCAUUGAUGAACAUCAGCAAAUUGGUUUUGCUGCUGCAUCUUGAUGGAUUUUUAAACUUGUUAACUACCUAUAAUUGUACAGUUAUUUUUACAGUUAGUAUUAAAAGUAUGUGGUGAUUUGAAUUUUUGAA